AUGUCGCCUGGCUACGAGUCCAUCCCCCUGAAUCAGGAGAGAGUCUCAGCCAAGUACACGCUCAAGGAGGGCAACCCCAAGGAUGAGGAGCACCGUGGGAAGCUCUUGUACUGCCAGCCUGGCACCUGGGCCGUGGAAGCCAAGGCCACAUGCCAGCAGCCCAUACACAACAAGGUCAUGCGAUGUGCCUUUGACGGCAAAGCCCAGCUCCUGGCUGUGGGCUUCAGCGCGGGCGUGCUGAUGCUCUUCGAGAUGCCUGCGCUGCAGGCGCUGCAGACCCUGAGCCUGGGCCAGGAGCCCCUGGACGCGGUGGCCUUGGGCGCCAAUGGGGACUGGCUGGCGGUGGGCAGCGCUGGCACGGGACAGCUGCUGGUCUGGGAGUGGCGCUCGGAGACCUAUGUGCUGAAGCAGCAGGGGCACCACUACGGCGUCCGCUGCGUAGCCUUCUCCCCGGGCUCCGUGUCCAUGAAGCGUGGCAAGGCCUUGGCCUCAGCCGACGCCCGGCCGGAGGACCGGAGCAGCGCCAUCGGCGGCCGGCUGCUUGCUACGGGCGGCUACGAUGGCAAGGUCAAGCUGUUCAACGCGCAGAGUGGGCUUUGUUUCGUAACCUUUGCAGAACACACAGCACCAGUCAACGCCAUCUGUUUCACCCCCCAGGGGAAUGCGGUGCUAAGCGCGAGCCGCGAUGGCUCCGUUCGGGCUUUCGAUCUCCUUCGAUACCGCAAUUUCCGCACAUUUGCCAGCCCGGAUGGUCUCUGUCAGUUCUCCAGCGUGGCUGUGGACUCCGGUGGCGAAAUUGUGGCCGCGAGCGCCACCGGAGGCAAGUACGCCGUGUAUGUGUGGUCCAUCCAGACCGGGAAUGUCCUCGAAGUCCUCACUGGUCACACGUCGCACGUAGAGGCCCUGCACUUCUCCCCCUCCGCCGGCCACCCCGGACAACUGCUCAGCGCAAGCUGGGACGGAACGCUGAAUGUGUGGGACCUGUACGCCGGCACCAAAGGUGGGUCCGCAGAAGCCCUGCAGUGUUCCUCCAGCGUCGUGGCGGUUAGCUUCGAUCCGCGAGGGAAUGAUCUUUGUGCUGCAGCCUGCCUCUCAGGGCAAGUCUUAUUCUGGAAUGUGGUGACGGCUCAAAACAUUGGAUCCAUUGACGGCCUACGCGACAUCCAGAGCGCCCGGCAUUGGCAGGACAUGUUCUCUGCUGUGAACGAGCGCGGCCUGAAGCCGGGUGCUGGCAUGAAAAAGCGGCGCCCUGCCGACGGUGUCAACCUGAACCAGAACUUCAACGCCAUUGCCUACGCACGCAGCGGGGAGUUGCUCCUGUGCUCAUCGCGAAACUCCCCCUUUGUAUCGCUGUACGACACGUCUGCCUACACUCUGGCGGCACGGGUUACGCUCACCACCAAUCGGAGCCUCAGUGGUGUGCAAUCAUUUCUGAACAGCAAGCUCAUGACGGAAGCUGGUGCGCCAUGGCAACAGUACGACUUGUCAGACAGCGAGGCUGAUGACGUUGAGGUGUCACGGCAGCGGCAGCAGAAGCGUCAGGUCAGCUCACUGCCUGGAGUGUCUGUAGGCGAGGCCAAGGAUGCCUACACGGAGAAGGAGUUGCACGUUUGGGAUGUCGCGUUCUCUGCGGACUCCCAGCAGUUUGCGGUAGCCACUACCCACGGCGUGUUCGUCUACUGUCAGGACGGUGGAAUGGGCAUGGCAGGGAUUUCUGGUAUCUACGGGUCAGAGACCAGCCGCUUUGUACCGCAGAUGCUGACCAAAGCUGUGUCGGCACCAGCGGUGCUGAAGGCGCUCGAUGAGGGAGACAUCUCUCGUGCUAUGAUCCUGGCCCUGGCUCUCAAUGACUAUGGCUUGCUACGGAAGGUCUACGAGAAGGUGCCAGUGCAGUCCAUCCAGCUCGUGGUGGCCUCCAUCGGAUCCCCUCUGCUACCGGCAUUGCUGUGGCUUCUUGGGUUCUGCAGACUGGCUGGUUCUUCGUAG